AUGGGUGGCGGAGACUUGAACAUGAAGAAGUCCUGGCAUCCGCUCCUGUUGAAGAAUCAGGAGCGGGUCUGGCUCGAGGAAAAGAAAGCGCUCGAAGAGAAGAAGAAACUCGACCAGCUCCGCAAGGAAAAGGAAGAGGAGCGCCAGCUGCAAGAGCUGCAGCGCUUGCAAGAGGAACAGACGGGAAGGAAGAGAACGGAGAAGCUAGAGUGGAUGUACACCACCCCCGCCACGGGGAGCAGCCAAAACCCCAACGAUCUGGAGGACUACCUGCUCGGCAAGAAGCGGGUCGACAAGAUCCUGACGGCCGACGAGAACGAGAAGCUCGGUGCCGCGCACAAGAACUUCAUCGCAGUCCAGAACGCAAAUAACGCGCGCGACACGGCUGCUAAAAUCCGCGAAGAUCCGCUCUUCGCGAUCAAGCAGCAGGAGGCCGCCGCGCUGGAGGCCCUCAAGUCAAACCCCCUGCGCCUGCGCGAGAUGCAGGAGCGCAACGGCAUCAAGCCGAAGAAGGACAAGAAAGACAAGAAGCGAGAGAAGAAGGAGAAGAAGGAGCAGCGCCGACGGGAUCGAGAAGACAGAGGCAGGGCAGCCGACUCGCCUCCCCGCUUGGACUAUGACGACCGCGACCGCUACCCCCGCAGGCGUUCGCUCAGCCCUCGUGACCGCCCUCGCUCCCGCUCGCCAUAUCGCUCACGCCCGCAUAACAAUCGCGAGUAUGCCCGUCGCGAUGACGAUCAUUCGCGCCGAUAUCGCAGCCGGAGCCGCACUCCCGACGCGCAGUACCGCCGUCGGCCCCGGAGCCCAACUAACGAGAGACGGCGGGACGAUGUGGAUCGUCGUACGCCUCCGUGGACGCGGUCAGACGAAUCGCCGAGCCCACGCGAGUACGAUGACCGCAGGGGGCGUAGCCGGAGUAGGAGCAGGAGCAGGCUCCGCGAACACAGUCCACGUCAUCGUGGGGAUGACGGGCCCAAGCGAUAUCGGAGCCAGAGUCCUCGGGAUCCCGAUGCAUCGUAUUACAAGCGUGCACGCCUCGGGCCACAAACUCCGCCAAGACCUGCUCCAUUCCCAUUACCAUCGAGAUCCACCCAACCACCAUCGCGCGCGCCGAACCCGCAUCCGCCGAACUCCUCGGCGGACGAUCGUGCGGCACGGUUGGCGGCGAUGUCUUCGAAUGCCGUGGGUCUAAGCACCGAUAGGAAGGAGCGGUUGACCUUGCUCUUGGAGAAGGAGAAGGCGGAGCUCGAGGAGGACGAGCGGCUGAGGAUCAAGUCGAAGGGCAUGAGCAGUUUCUUGAGCCGCGAGCAGAAGAAAGCGUUCAGCGGGGAGGGAGGAUUGGAGGAGAGGCUCAGGAGAGGGCGCGCGGGUCUGGUCUCGGAGGCAGUCGGAUGAGUAUGCAGACUUUCAUGUACUUUUACUUUCACCGCGCAAUGUUUUCGACGACGACCGUCUCUCUCACUGCUUCGAAUAUUGGAACAUAUGGAUUUUUUUUAUUU